AUCUAGGCCUGUACCUUCGACUGAAGGCCCGAGAUGGUUCAAUACCUGAUAAGGUAAAACUGACCCUAUUUGCCUGGAAAUCCGAGCGAGCUUUCAUCCCAAACAAGGAACAGGUGUUGAUAGACUUUCUGUGUGGAUUACUGGUCAACAAGAAAAAGAAUAAAGUAUCAGAUGAAGAUAGUGUGUUGGUAUUGAAGUGUUUAUCUGACAUUUUACACACACAAAAAGCACAUCAGCCUAGCAAAUAUGGAAAGACAAUUAUCAUCAAACCUUCUAUCUGUCAGGUCCUGAUAAGCGCCCUGACGGAUCCUAAAGUUUAUUCAGACCCGACAGUCCUCAGCCUUGUGAUUGGCUGUUGCUAUGCUGUAAUACAUUCACAAUGUCUGGCCUACGUCUUCACAACCAAGUACGACCAUAUGGCUGGGUUGUUAUCAGCCCUGGUUCAGAUAGCAGUCAGACAUGUCAACACGGGUCGCAAACUUUCCACAGAACUUGUGGAACUUCUGGAGAAAGUCAUACACAUCUACAAAGGAUCCCAGAGAGCUCACCCAAACCAGAAACAGGUGCUGCAGAUGGUGACUUCUAAGCUGUUGGUGCCAGCGAUUAUGUUUUGGGGUUGUACUCGCACAGACAAGUCUGAUAUACAGCAUUUAGCCAAAACUCUUAUAAACAUCAUACAAAAUGGAAUCUUUGACAAGGACCACCAGGUGAGCUUCACUAUGUAUCUCAGUACUGUAUGUGGGGAAGGCGAGUCCAUGGCCUUUUAUCUCAAAACCAUUGAAAACCUCUUCAGCACAAUAUCCAGCAUACUCGACGGCAAGUAUUCGCUUAAACUAACAUCUGACAGGAGUAUGAAGUUGUUUACACUGGAUUAUCUCCCUUACUUCUUCAACGGUUUUAUUCACCACAAAUGCAACUCGGAUAAUAUCACAGCCCAUCGCCUGUUCCUCUACAUCUGCUCCCUGAUUGGUGUAAAGCUUGAUGACAGCGACCCCUGUGAACAAGCAUUAGACCCCGCACUUCUAGGGGUGAUAACCGGUCUACUGAGGAUGGCCCACGAGGCAGAUAUUUAUCAUGUUGCCAACGACAACGCGGCCGGUGGUCAACAACUACAGGCUUAUAGGACAGUUCUGGACGUCAUACUGCGGAGCGACAGAUGUCCUGCAGUGUACAGCUGCCUCCAACAGUUGUUGUAUCUCAACCACAUGAUCUUGGAACCGAGGAUAACAGAAGUUCUCGCCUUGUGUCUUCUGAAUCCGGCCCAGCAGUGUGAUGUGGCUGACAAAUUUCUCACAGAACUGAUAACCACUUAUGGCAAGUUACGACAGGUUCCAAAGUGGAUAGAGAAAGUCUUGGUGAGUGUGGAACAAUCUAAACUUACAAGCUGGCCAGGCUUUCCAACUUUCUUCUGUCAGAGGUUUAAUGAGGUGGUGCAGUCUCUCCCCCAGGGGGCAACAGUCGACAUUUGGGGCAACUUACUCAAGGUGAUCACCACCAAAUACCUUCCACAGCUAAUGGCCGACUCGGGUAAGGGAGAUAUGGAUUGGAAUUACAAAUAUACAUCAAGUACAACUACGUCAGGAGACAGGGGAGGUAAGCUGGUCUGUGUUGCUGACCUUGUACAACUUUACCUGAGGAAUGUACGGAUAGCAGACUACUCCAUCACAGAUCUGACCUCCGCCAAGGUCGACCAGCUGAUGACAACAAUGGAAACUGACGUUCUGGUUUCCCUUUUGGAUUUGUGUUUAGAGAAGAAAGAUGUAUUUUUACGGUCCUCGGCUGUACCCCUUGGGACUCUCCUCUUGUGUAACGUAUGGGGAGAACUUCGCAUGCUGAUGGGACACUACAAACAAAAACUGCCAGGUUUACAACUGACCAACCUGGCUGAGGAGAACACGGUCAGUCCGGUCAUUCUUCAUACCUACUGGUCAGCUGAUAAUUGGGCAAAGCUGCAGAAGGCUGUUGACAAGUCAAAACACAAGAGUGUGAAGUACUGCUGGGAUCUGCUGACUCACCAGGUACUGAGGCUGACGUUAUUGUCAGUUACACCUUCAUCAACCAAUGUUUUGCCUCAGCUGACCAGAGUACUAGAUAGACUGUUCCUGGGGUCGACUGAUAACACGUCGAGUAAUGACUGGGAUGGAACGGUAUUCAGUGUUACGGAGCGGAAUUACAAUACAGCUAAAUGGAGCUUGCUGGAGACAACACUACCCCUCGUUUCUCAGUGUUUAGAAGACCGACAUGUGAAGAUUAUCGCUGAUUUUAUAGUACAGCAGUAUCUGGCAGAUAAUGUAUCAUGUCAAAGAGUCUGCAUGAAGUCCGUUGUUGACAGAAUCAUUCAGGGAUAUGUAUUGAAGCAGAAUCGAGAAAUCCAGUCAUGUAUCCUGACCAUGAUAUGGAAGUCUAUGAGCACAGUAUUACAACCUAGUGCUACGAUUGGUAAAAAGAAAAAGAGCUUUUUGUCAGUAGUUCAGUCAGUGUUGGGAGAUCUAGGGGACUCUGACCAGGUGUGGACACAGGAUAUGGACAGCAAGAAGCUAGAGUUUCUACAGAGAAUUACGACAACUGUUAGCAGCCUUCUGAGUAGUGAUAGUGAUGUUGAGGUGUCGCCAGCAGCCGUAUCCUCUCUAGGCAGGAUGAUACAGCUUUUGUCUUUAUUGCCAAUAGAGGUAUUACAUUCCUCCGACCAGCACAGAUGUAUUUUGGGACUGACCAUCAUUUUACACACAUUACACGGAUCAGUUGGUACUAAUACCGCAGUGAUAGAGAGGUGUGCCGGCCUUAUGGCUGUUAUUUUGGAAGCAGGACACACACCUGUGUUUCAGAUACUGGACCUGGCUACCUAUUUGGAUUGGUUGGACAAACUGUAUACAUCUAGUCAGGCCUUUGUCUCCAUGGAGAUGAGGAUGAGACUGUUACUGGAGGUGACCUGUAGGACUGUGGUGUUAGAUUACAGGGCUGUCACCAAACUCUCAAGUUACACCGACAAGAUCAGGGAAAAGAUAGCAGACUUUCAGAGAAGGAAUAUUGAUAACAGUUUGGAUGGUUGUAUGAUCAUAGCUUCUUGCUGUCUAAACCAGCUAGAAAAAUUGCUGAACAAGUCCUUCAUACCUGCCAAUGUGAGAGAAAUCUGUGAAGCCUGCCUUACGCAGCUCAUCAGUGUGACGAUGAAGUUUGUUACCUCUACUAACAAUGAUCCAACAGGGCUUCCGUUGGCUGCCAUCAAUUGUUAUACAACAGCUUUGAAAUGCUGUCCCUUCUCGGAGGAGGUGACAGUAAAGACAGUCCAGGACAGUUUCGACCUAAUGCUGAAAUGGUCUUUGAAAGCUCUACAACAGGACGAUGCCAGUGAGAGUAGCCAAUCAGAAGCCCUGAAUCUUUUAUCUGUGAUCUGCUGUAACCAUGGUAACCUAACGGAGCGGUUCACUACAGACCACAAAUAUCUGGUCUGGGACAUACUUAUGGACAAGUUUAAAAGGAUACUGGUGUCACAGAAAACAACAGAUGAUGGUCUGGUGUCACAGAAAACAACAGAUGAUGGUCUGGUGUCACAGAAAACAACAGAUGAUGGUCUGGUGUCACAGAAAACAACAGAUGAUGGUCUGGUGUCACAGAAAACAACAGAUGAUGGUCUGGUGUCACAGAAAACAACAGACUCUAUGGAUAGUGUUGAUGUAGAAACUGACCAACCGUCUCUACCUAAUUGGAGAGUUCAUAGGAGGAUACUUCUGUACAACGGUCAGUUAACUGACCACCACUGGACACCUGUCAUCUUGACCCAGCUCCAGGAGACUGUGGCUGCUCUGGUGCCUUCCUGUGAAACUGACCAGUUCCAGGCUAUGAUAAACAGCCUCCUUAACCAAACCGGUAUGGAACACGUGGAGACAGGGAUACAACAGCUGACAUCCAUUCUAUACAUCUGGCAGCAACUCCUCAACUUUGACUUGUCGCCAGAACAGAGCUGUGUGGUAGUUCAUGCCGUGAAGAAUUUGAUGUUGAACUGUGUGUCACUGUUACAACACCUACACUGUUCAGACGAUGAAAGGUUGAUCAGUUCUCUGGCCGUCCCCAUACUCACAACACAGGUCCGGAUGCUGGAGUUAGGGCCUAAACUGAUGUCGUCACACACCGCCUCUCUGACCCUCCAUUGUUGCCAGUUCAUUCCCCUGGAUGGCAGAACAAGCUUUGUCCCAGCAUUCCACGCUGUGUACAACGUUCUGAACGCGUUGUUGGUCCACCACACAAAUACUGUUUACCAAGUUAUUCCCUCUUUCCUCAGCAGUACAAAACGGCUGUUAAAAGUGGUGGUAAACCGUGGGGACCAGGAGAGGAUUGGACAGGAUCAGGACAAAUUAACCAAGCUGAUUGGCUGUGCCCUUCUCUUUGAUAGGUUGUGUCAACUUAUCGGUACACAUAAACGUGACUUUAGUAAAGUAGCGGGUUACCUGGUGUCGGAUUACGUGGGUGAAGUUCAAAAGGUCACUCUACAUCCUGAUGUCAAGAAGACCCUUGUUCCUGCCGUGUACAAGCUACUGGACCUCUGCGACCGAUUUACUAUUUCCCAACUCCACACUGUUCUACAAACAGGUGUGAAGGAAGUGUUCAAGAUUCUUUAUGAAGACUAUACAAAGUAUUUCAAAUACAAUGAGAAAUCCUGAGAAAACCCUUCGAAUAGGACUUACUGAAGUAUCAAGGAAAAUUCUGAGGAAGGGGAGACAACUCUCACAGUCCUAAGCAAGGUUUUCAUCAACUACUCCCCAGGUAACAUGAGGAGUUCCAACGCUUUAUAGGCUCGAGUUCCAGACCAAGAAUCAGUAUUUGAUUGAUGGAACGUUGAUGAAAAGACAUAUUCAACACAGAAUUAUCAAAAAUGAAACUAUGGAGUGUUAGAGAUAUAGAAAUCAAUGUCCUCUAUUUCCCAUUGUGUAAGGAGAGAUAUGACUGUCACAUGUCCAAUGUUGAGUUGGAUUAAUAAAAGAGAAAUAAAAGAAAUAGAAGAUCCAAUGAUAUCAUACAGAAGUUCCUCCUGAUCGAUUACAGCUGUGUUGAUUUUCACAUUAGACUGAAGAAUAUCUGUGAUAUACACGGGUUACAUCAGUUCAUUUUCACAAAGAAUACAAUAAAAGUAUCAUCUGUUA